GCUCCAACAUUAAGGCUGAUUUUGGAAAACCAUGGAGUAUAGAAUGUGUUUGUUUGUAACACUAGCUGCUCUAGUGAUAACCCAUGUGUCCUGUACGGUUACAAAAUGCUUUGAGCCUAAUCCGCAGAAAGCCAAGUAUAACUACGAUCCCAAGACCUGCUUGUCUCCUUCUCACUGGAACCAAAUUUCACCUUCCUGGGGGAACUGUACAACUUUCUGGAAUCUGAGACAGUCUCCUAUCAACAUCAACACCCUGGAUACUGUCUAUAUGCCGAUACACAAACUGGGCUUCCAUAACCUGUGUAAGAGAGUCAAAGGAAAGGCCACCAACAAUGGUCAUCAUCCCGAGUUUGAAACUACUAAUAAGAACAUAAAGUUAUUCAAUGUCCCGGGUCAAGGUCACGACAAGUUCAUAUUCAAGGAAAUCCACGUCCAUACUGGCGUCCUGGAAUCGGCCGGAUCUGAACACUCCAUUGACAAUAACUUCACACCUAUAGAGAUACAUGCUGUGUUUUACAAUGAACAUUUCAAGGACGCGAUGGAGGCUCAAUCCAAGACAAAUGGAAUGACGGUUAUCGCCGUCCAAGUCCAGGUUGCUGCUGAUGAGACAGAAAAUGUAGACAGCGUGUCUUUGGAACCUCGAGAUAUGGAAAGCAUAAAUCAGGCUUGUCCCUGUGCUCCGUUAGAUCUCAACUGUCGAAAAGAAAAAUGUUUCUGUAAAGGAUCGAAAGAUCUUAUCUGCAAAGCAACCAAGAACCACAUGUGUUCUGACAAGUUUGGAGAGGGCCUCGUCUGUCGUGCCUCUGGUAUUGCUCGCUGUACCGGAGACCAGCAGUGCAGUGGACUGAAAAAAUGUCGACGGAACGACUUCGUCCAGGCCAAUCAAACACCAAAUAAUUUCUGUUCGCUUCCAAAAGUCUGCCGAGUAAGAUAUGCUCACGAGCUCAGUCAUCUUAUGGAGAAAUAUUACCAGAAAAUUCAUGAAUACAAGCCAAAAACUGCGCCAGAUGCUAAAAGGUUUACAAGGAUUUUGGAGAACAUCACCCCCAGAGACAUUCUGCCAUACAGCUGGAAUUAUUACACGUACUCGGGCUCUCUGACCGCACCGCCAUGUUAUGAGACAGUCCAGUGGAUUGUUAUGAGGUGUCCAAUAAAAAUAUCCAGAAAGGCUUACCUGAUGUUACAGCUGAUGGAGGAUAUAACCCACAUCCCACUGAUGGCCCACGGGACGCGACGUCCCAUUCAGCGCGGGAAAUCUGGACUCCAUCGUGUAGAGGUAUCAAGAAAUUUCCUCUGGAACGAAGCCCAAGAUGAAACAUCGUUCUGCGAUGUAAAUCAAUGAGAGCUCUUCGUGUGCUGAUUUAUUAACUUAUUUUUGUUCUCUUCUACCUCUUGUUAUU